AUGACCUUACGAUCAAGACCUUCGACCUAUGAACAUUUUCUCCUCUCCUUUCCCUGUGAAAGGGUCGUUCAAGUUACUUUGAACAGACCGGAAAAGCUCAAUUCCAUUACAAAAGAGACGAGCAGUAAGAUUGCAGAAAUAUGGGACCUUUUCGAUCAAGAUGAGUCCCUAUGGGUUGGAAUCAUCACAGGCAGUGGAAGGGCGUUUUGCACCGGAGCCGACCUCGGAGAAUGGAAUGAGAUGGUGCGUUCUGGCGUCGUGAAUGACAUGUCCCCGCCAGGCCUUGCCGGUCUCCCCCGUCGAAGUGGGAAGAAGCCCAUCAUAGCCGCCGUCAACGGGAUAUGUAUGGGCGGUGGGUUUGAGAUGGUUGCCAACUGUGAUCUUGUGAUUGCCUCCUCUACGGCUACCUUUGCUCUGCCGGAAACAAAGCGCGGAAUUGUGGCAGUAGCUGGAUGUCCCUCGAUUGACGCGUACUAUCGGCCUGCAACUACAUUAUACGACUGGGGCCUCAUCACCCGCCUUAUCGACCCCGGCACCAAUAUUGCGCAAGCUGCCGCCAAACUCGCCGGUCAGAUAUGCCAGAACAGCCCCGAUGCAACAAUUGUGGGUCGCCAGGGUGUCCGCCUAAGCUGGGAAGCAGGCAGUGCCGAAGACGCGGUGACUACCCUCGCCAAGGACUGGUACCCGCGGCUCUGUGCUGGAGAGAAUUUUGCGGAAGGGAUCCGAGCAUUUGUGGAGAAGAGGUCACCCAACUGGGUCAAUUCCAAACUGUGA